GGUCAGAGAGACCAAAUCCGAUCUCGUGGCCACGGCCAGCACACACCACCGCCUCUCUCCCCCCUUUCCCUUCCGCCUUCCACAGCCACUCCUCUCACCGGAGAAUGCCCACCUCGCCCUAAACCCCCACCACCACCUCCCCCCACCCAUGGCGCCCGCCGCCUCCCUCUCCCUCCACCUCCGCCUCGCCCCGCCCCCGCCGCCUCACCGCCGCGGCAGGCCGCCGCGCCACGCCCCUUUCCUCCCCCUCUCUCCCUACCACCACCACCUCCACCUCCACCUCCGCGUCGCCCACCACCACCACGGCCGGCACCCGCACCCGCCGUCGCCGCGGUGGCGCCACGACGUGAGGGCCCGCGCGGGGACCAUCCAGGCGCCGGGGCUCGCGCGCCCCGGCGGCGCCGUGGAGACCGACCGCCUCCCCUCCGGCGUGCGCGACCGCGCCAUGGAGGCCGUCGACCACUUCGGCGGCCGCGUCACCAUCGGCGACGUCGCGUCCCGCGCGGGGCUGCAGCUCGCGCAGGCCGAGCGCGCGCUGCAAGCGCUCGCCGCUGACACCGGCGGCUUCCUGGAGGUCUCGGAGGAAGGGGAGGUGCUGUACGUCUUCCCUAAAGACUACAGGGCGAAGCUUGCUGGCAAGUCGUUCAGAAUGAAGGUCGAGCCGCUGAUCGACAAAACUAAGGAAGUGGGUGCAUAUUUGGUGCGAGUGUCAUUUGGGACAGCGCUCAUCGCCUCCAUUGUGCUUGUAUACACUACCAUCAUUGCCAUUAUCUCAAGCUCGAGUGAUGAAGAUAAUCGCGGCAGGCGACGGAGAUCCUAUGACUCUACUAUCAUCAUACCAACAGAUUUAUUUUGGUACUUGGACGCUGAUUACUACAGGAGGCGGCGGCGGGUAGAAAAGGAAGAUGGGAUGAAUUUUAUUGAAUCUAUCUUUUCAUUUGUAUUUGGAGAUGGUGAUCCAAAUGAUGGUCUUGAAGAUAAGAGGUGGAAGAUGAUUGGGCAAUAUAUUUCAUCGAAUGGUGGAGUUGUCACGGCAGAAGAACUAGCACCGUAUCUUGAUGUGCCACCAAUUUCAGAACAAUCCAAGGAUGAUGAAUCAUUUAUUCUUCCAGUUCUAUUACGCUUCCAGGGACACCCAGAAGUUGAUGAACAGGGAAACAUUCUUUAUAGGUUUCCAUCACUGCAACGUACUGCUUCAUCAAAAGGAAGUGGGGUUAGAGAAUAUGUUGGUAACAAAUGGUCUGCUAUGUUUAGCAGUGUUGAAAAGUACUUAGAGGAGAAACCAUGGAAAUUCAGCAAAGCAAAUGCAUCUGAAAGGGCAAUGGUUGCUGGUUUGGGAGGACUCAAUCUUUUUGGUGUGAUCAUUCUUGGGAACCUGUUGAAGCAAAUGACAGUGCCACCUGGUGGACUUAUCUCAUUUGUUGCGCAACUGUUUCCUUUGCUUCAGGUAUAUGCUGGUUCCUUUUUUGCAAUACCGUUGUUUAGAUGGUUUCUACUCCGCAAGACCAACAAUGACAUUGAAAGGAGGAACAAGGCCAGAGAACAGCGAGCUCAGGAACUUGCAUUGCCAGAAUCUUCUCUCAGAAGAAAGUUACUCAGUGCACGCGACAUGGCUCAACGUAAGGUAAUUACUCCAGAGGAGAUCGUCUACACUACCGAAAAGGAUCUUUUGGAUCAGGAUUAUGAAGUCAAGGAAUGGGAAAAGAGAUUUAAGGAGCUUGAAUCAGACUGAUGGAAAUACUUGGCUUUCAUGCUAUCCCUUCAUGGUCCUUUGGUCUGCUUGGAUGGUCAUUUUUAUCAGCAUCCAAUUGAUUGGUGGAUAUAUCUGACUAAACCAUUAAAUCAAGUGGCGCAACGUCUAACUGGACUGGAUGGUUCUGACACCCAUUGAUAGGCGCGCACUAUUUCGACCUUGAAAUUUUUGUGUAAACUGUUAGUCAAUUUGCAUUGAUCAAGGUCUGCAGCUGAUGUACAUAUCUGUAACGUUUAGCAGCAUAUUUGUAUAGGUAGUUCAGUGCACAGGAGCAGUGAACCACAAAGUUCAGAAUUCGACAUGGGUACCAGGGACCAUUCUUUAUGGAUGGAGAAGGAUAGCCGGAAAAGUAAAAGAUUAUGCCAUUACUGGGGCAUCAGACUUGGUCAUUCUGGUUUCUGUAUCGCUGAAACUUUACUGGUGAUCAUGCACAAGUCUUAUGCUUUACACAGGCAUGUUAGAACAUUCAGGGGAAAAUCAAUUCCUGAUUGGUGAGAAACAGUAAUUGUGUAUAGGAGCUGUGCAAGAAUAUACGUCCAGAUUCCAGACCUUAGAUGCCAGAAUAGAACAAGAUCAUUUAUAAAUCCCAAAAGAAUGUGAUACGCUUACAACUGAUGAUUUGCUAUGUAUUAUCGACCAAUGACAAUUCUUCUGUAUGACUCUUCCUCUGUAACACUGUAAGACGAAAGGCAGUGCAAGCCUGGUGGGUUAAUACUUUCCAAAUUUCUGUUA